AUGACCUACACUUGUAAAGGAUCCCUAAGGAAACACCUGGCCUUACAUUCAGCACAAUCUGGUGACCUCAAAUGUCAGCUGUGCCAACAUGUAGCUCUUGAUCAAGAUGCCAUUAUACAGCAUGUCAGAGGGCACACUGGCUCCAGACUCUCCAAAUCAGCUGCAGAUAAGAAGUAUCGCUGCUCUGACUGUGACCGUUCGUUCUUUACCCGUAAGGAUGCAGAAAGACACUCAGUUGUCCAUAACAGGAGCCGUGACUUUCUUUGCCAGUUUUGCCCCAGAACUUAUGGUCGAUCUGAUCAUCUUUCAAGGCACAUUGAGAAAUCCCAUGGGUCACACGAGUCUGAAGCAGGACCUUCCUCUAGUUUAGAGUUAACUGCUGUCAAUCAGCUGGAUAAACCUCCUGUAUCAACAAAUGUUUUGCCUGGCUUCACCCAAGCUUUCAGAGAUGUUUGAUUGUAUAACAAAGAAUUGUUCCUGUUUUUGUUUAUUUUUUUAUACUCCUACCAAUUUAUAUUUUUUAUAAGAUUAGUGAUAGAAAAUCAUUUUUCAUGUUAACUUAAUUAUUAAUAUUUUCAAUUGCAUUACUAAUAAUUUUUUCUACUAUAAUUUUUAUAUAAUGAAAAAUCAUAGUAAUUUUUAUCAUUGUAUUUUAAAACAUCAGUUCAAAUUAUGUAGCACUUUAUUUAUGGUGAGAGAAUCCUAGUUCUAACUGACCAAAUUCAUUAUGUUAAAUCUAUAUUAUUUAAGUAAUAAAUAAUAUAUUUACUUUUGAUGCCAGAUAUAACAAGUUUAUAAAUAUAUAAUUGAGAUUAUGAUUAGUUUGUUAUUAAGAACUAACCUUAAUUCGUAUUUAGAUUUUGAGCAACAUUAGUAAGAAAAUUAUUUCUGAAAUAUUUUAGAGGACCAAUUACAUUUAGCUAAUUUAAUUUUGAAGUUUUUGUUGUUCUUUAUUUAUUAAAGUUUUUAUCCAUGAAAUAUGCAUCAUUCUCAAUGAUUAUGUGUAAUAGAUUUUUUCUUGUUUGUAGGAUGUCAUUCUGUGUUUAAUAGUUAGGCUCUUUGACUUCCUUUAUUAAUCUCAUUUAUUUUUUCAUCAUACAUAGUUAUUUGUAAAUGAUUAAUGUAAUGUAUGUAAAAUUAUUAAUGUAAUUAAUGGGAUGUAUGUACAAUUCAAUUUUAUAAAGGCAAACUGAACAUACAUUUUAGUGCCUCCACUUUAUUGAGAUAGAUGAAGCAAAAAAAGUAAUAAAUUUCAUUUUUUUUAAUUUUAUUACAAUAAUAAAAUCUUGUAAUUAAGAUUUUAAUAUACUUAAAUAUUUUUCCAAAUGCAUGGAAAUAAUUUUACUCAAUUUAUACCACAUUUUUUUUCAACUUUAUUGCUUUAAAUAUAAUGAAUACAGUAAAAUAUGGUAUGGUACAACAGUUUAUUUCAUGAAGAUUAUAUUAAAAUCAUUUGUGAAAGAAUUCUUGUAUUCCAAGUUUAAUAGAUAUUUAAUCAAUGUUCUAGUAAAGAAUUAGUAUAUGUAUAUAUGUCCAAUUUUUAUUGAUAAGAUUAAAUACUUUAUCAUUUAAUAAUUUAUUCCAGUAAUUGUUACCAUUACUUUCUUCAACCAUAUGAAAACUGGUUUCAUAGUUACCUGUUUUAAAUAAAAUUAUUGUAGUAGUUAUAUAAGAUUUUAUAAAUAAGUAAUUUGUUUCUUGUUAUCAUUAAUUUUGUUUACCAAUUUAUUAAUUUUAAAGUUUUCACAGGGUCUGUUCUAUGUUUUAAACAAGAUAUUUCUACUUAAUAAAUUUAAUAUACAAAUACACAUUGCGUGAGUGUGUGUGUGCGGGUGCAUGUGUGUCUUAUCCUACUCUGUUUUGCACAUGCGAUGACUAGUUUAUUAUUUUAUUUAAACAAAAAUGAAUAUAUAAUAAAUAAAAUGAUGUAUAAAUAA